AUGUACACUCUAAGCUCCUCUAUGUAAAAAGAACAUUCAAAAAACUUAGGAUCGCAUCAUUUUUCUUUUGUUGAUGCUUUUGAAAGUGUUAUGAUGAGCAAUAAAACAUGUGGUAUAUUAACAACUGAGAAAAAAGUAUCAACUUAAGAUUGCUAUGAUUAUGCAAAUGGAACUAUUAUGCAAGGUUUCGCUAUUGCUUUGCCUAGACAUAUUGAAAAUUUUAGAAUGGUUGCGACUAAAUUUGAAAAGUUAGCUUUGUAAUUCCCAAAUUAAGAAGAGCAGCUGAAGAGAAGCACAAUAUAAUUAAUGUAAGAAUAGUAUAUUAUUGAAAUUUAGACCAUAAAUAAUAAUGGUUGA